GUUGGUCCGUUACUACAACAUAACGCUGCAGACAGAAAGAUCGAUAGAUGACUUCAUAGCAGUGCCAUUUGUUUUAUUCUUCAGAAGCCUACGUCUGGAGUUACGACAUUAUAUUUUGCAGUGGAAGGUAUCUGCAUGAUUUGAAAUAUCCAACCCCAGCAAUGAGCGACGCAGCAGAAGAAGAAAACAUACCUGAAGAUGAAAAUAGAUCUGAAGAUGCAACAGUCGAAGAGGAAAAGCCUUGGCACAGGUGGACAUCAUGGGUGUGUUGGGGCAAUAAGGAAUCGGAAAACUACGAUGUAACCGGGGUCGGUGUUUUUACCUCUGUGGUGCUCACUUUAGUUGCAUUUGGUGUGGUGACGUGUGGAACAAUAGCACGAUUCUACAGUCUUGAAUUCACCCUUGCUUUUUUUUACCUUAUUACUGGAUUGAGUGGCUUUGCUACGAUUUCUAAAUACACAUGGACGAUUUUGAUUUUUAUGGUCACGUGUUUCCUGUCGACCCUUUUAAGUCUUGGAGCAUGCGCAAAUUUCAUCUCAGUUCUUGCACACGGCACUAGAUUGCUGAACUGUUACACGCGAUGUUCGCAAAUCACUGUUCCAACUUCCGUUUCGGUUAUACUGACUUUCUGUGCUCUUCUAACUGCUCUUCGCGGGACCGCCCGCUGCGGUAUGAGUUUGUGGAACCCAAAUGCAUCAACAACGGUAGCACCUGAAUAACAAGAUCCAGCCUUGGACAUCAACCAUUCUAUAUUACUUCUUAUGUUGGUGUGAGUGGCGAUUAGUCAUAUUUGACUCUAGUCGCCAUUACGACUCAUAACAACUCAGCUUUUGAUGGCGUCUAUAGCUAUUCCAAGCCAAAAAGGAAACUUAACAUAACAAUAUUAAAAAAAGCACUAGUGUCAUGAAAAGGAUAAUUCAACACUAAAGUGAAUUGUCUUUACAGACGACUAGAUAUAUUACACAAACGUAUCCAUAACUUUUGAGUAGACCAAAAAUUCACCUACAGCUGUAUAAAACAAGUUUUUAUUUUAUUUAUUGAUUUCUUUCCUUGAAAAUUUUAUCAUCAUUUAGCUUUUUUAAAUUUCUAAUUACUAUUAUUCAUAUAAUAUGUAUUAUAUACAUGUAUAUAAAGGGGGGUGAAUGACAGACUGGAAAGGAUGCCUAAGUGAGUAUCGCGAUUGUGAUAGACUGUCUAUAGUAUUUUGCCUCGCGAUUCCCUCAGAUUCGUGCUUUGUGCCGAGACCGUUUACAUCUAUCGACUCGUCUAGAACGACCCGCGUUAACUUCCGGAGGCGUUCCAGAUUUUUGGCAGAUCUAAACGGGGUAUUAGUUCCCAUAAAAUUCACACAAAGUUAAUGCAGGUACAUUUAUAGCCAAUAAGGUUUUGGCAUACAUUCUUCAGACGGAGAUGUAAACGGAGUUUGAUAUACGCCUCUCACUAGGAAGAAUGCAAUCGAAGAUGCCCCAUCCAAUUAUAUCGAAAAAUAAAGAGUAAUGGUUUCCUUUGGUGUGCACUAUUUUCUCUUAGUUUAAAGCUUAAUUCCAUCCAAUGACAGCUUUAGCUCUGAUAGUAUAUGAACUGAUAAACAUGGCUUGUGUCAUCACAUCAGGUUUAAUAUCGCGUCAGGUCGGGCAAACCCGACUUUUCGGGAGUUUAGGGGACCCUUUCAUCGAAUGGUCGGGAAUACACGAUUGCCGGAUCUUACGUGUAAACCCGAUGUGAUGUUUUUUUUUAUGGGGAAUUAUCAAUUGAUGCAUUUUGUUAAGCAUAUGUAAUAUUUUUUUUUCAAUAUCGAAUUUCCUUUGCAUUGCAAUGUAAACUAGUUUAAUGGUUUUUUUAUGGAUCCUAUGGAAGAACCAGGGAAGAACAGAGUAGUUAUGUUAAUGAUUCUGAAAUGGGCAAUCCUUUCGAUUAUUUUAUCUAUUCAACAUAUAUGCAAUUAAUUUUGUUUGUUUCAAUUGAUGCCAUCUGCGUUAUUUCGUUAUGUUAUAUAUAUUUAUGAUUUAUGUUUUUGUAAUAAUCGGAAAAUAAAUAAACAUGUCACAAGCC